AUGUUCAAAGUUUUUGCCUUAGGAAAACCCAUGAGUUUUGCCACAUCACUUGCACCAGAGGUUCAGGAUGUAAUCCCUUCCGGACUUGUCAGAGAGACUCCAUAUCUGACUCAUUCGAUUUUCAAUAUUUAUCAUAUGGAGCAUGAGCUACUAAGAUACAUUAGUAAGCUGCAGUCAAAGGAUCUGUCAUUAUGCCACAGUAUGAUUCCUUUGGGAUCUUGCACCAUGAAGCUUAAUGCAACUACAGAGAUGAUGCCUGUGACAUCAGCCUUUGCAGAUAUGCAUCAUUUUGCUCCUACCCAACAUGCAUAGGGGUAUCAGGAAGUGUUCAAGAAUUUGGGGGACAUUCUGUGUACCAUAACCAGAUUUGACUCUUUCUCUUUGCAACCAAAUGUUGGAGCUGCUGGAGAAUAUGAAUGCACAGUGGAGGUUGGAUUAACUAGUCCAUGGUGGAUUGGGGUUGAUGUUUGUCAUCUAAACCUUCACAAGACAUUUUGCAUUCCACAUGGUGGUGGUGGGCCUGAAAUGGGCCCCAUUGGUGUGAAGAAACACUUGGCACCCUACUUGCCUUCACACCCUGUGGUUGCCACUAGAGGCAUACCAACCCCUGAGAAGAGUAACCCACUUGGCACGGUUUCAGCAGCACCUUGGGGUUCAACACUUAUCUUGCCUAUAUCAUAUACAUACAUUGCCAUGAUGGGAUCUCAAGGACUUACAGAUGCAUACAAUAUACCUAUCUUGAAUGCAAACUAUAUGGAAAAACGUCUUGAGAGUCACUAUCCCAUUCUUUUCCGUGGUGUGAGUGGAACAGUUGCCCAUGAGUUCAUCGUUGAUUUCAGACCCUUGAAAACAAGUGCUGGAAUAGAGCCAGAAGAUGUUGCAAAACGUCUGAUUGAUUACCAGUUUUAUGGUCUAACUAUGUCAUGUUCAAUUCCAAGAACACUAAUGAUUGAACCCACUGAAAGUGAAAGCAAGGCUGAGUUGGAUAGGUUUUGUGAUGCUUUGAUCUCCAUUAGACAAGAAAUAGCAGAAAUUGAGAAAGGAACAGUGGACAUCAACAACAAUGUCAUCAAGGGAGCACCUCAUCCACCACAACUACUCAUGGCCGAUAAGUGGACAAAACCAUACUCCGGAGAAUAUGCAGCUUACCCUGCACCAUGGCUUCGUGCAACUAAGUUUUGGCCUACUACAUGCCGUGUGGACAAUGUGUAUGGUGAUCGGAACCCUUCAGCCACCACAUGA